ACCCUUAUUUUCCGACAAUUCCGAGGCAGCGUGGUAGCGGUGCUGCACCGGGGUCCGUAGUCGGCAGAGCGGUCUGGCAGUGCCGGGGACCGGACCUACCCGGGGAUUCACAGUCGACGGAACAUAGCGUGGUAGUGUUGCUGCUCCCCUAUUGCUCGUGAACCAGCGCGGUGUGGGUGCUGUGCUACGAUUCGUAGUUGGUGGAAAACUGCGAGGUAGCGGAGUUGCGCUGAGGUCUGAAUCAUGGAAUCGGUAAUUAAGGUAGUACUCCAGCUGUGCAAGGAUUACUGUGGCAAGAAUGUUCCUUCUAAGAAGGAGGUUGCUGCAGUUAUUUCCUGGUUAGUGCGGGAGGGGGAGGUUAAGGUCCCCCAAGAGAUUCUUGAUCACCGGUGGUGCGAUGAUCUCACCUCUGCGCUCGUGCAACAUAUUAUGAGUGCUCAGAAGGGCGAGUUAAAAACUUGGGGUCUGAUACUGGGGGCACUGAAAGCGGCCAGAGAGGAGGGAAAGGUAUUGGUGGAGGCUCGACACCUUUUGGGUCUUGGUGGUGGAGGUGAGACACCGGAUCCGGGUCGGGUCCGAUGGGGGCUCGGGAGCAGUUGCUUGCAGGGGUUAAGAGGAGACGGAGCCGCCAAUGACCGUUGGCAAGAUGGCGCCGGGUGAGCCGACCACACUCAGUUCAAAAGAAGACAAACAAGAGGGUGGAUGUUCGUUGUCUCAUCCCCUGUCCCCAUAUCCGGACCCGUCAGGCGGAACGUUGUAUCCUUUAUUGGAAUUGCGUCAGUGUUCCCUGAGUCAAGGAGGCGGAGGAAGGUGUGAUCUACAUGAGCAGGAUCAACUUACUGCGCACAAGGGGAGGGACCAGACAAAAGGUCCGUCCAAUGCGGACAGGGGGCGGUGCCUACCGCCUCUGGUCACUCCCAGGAGCGGUAGUGUAAGUGAUAGUGUAGAGGAGGAAGAAGGGGCUGGCUUUGAGUGGAGGGGGAGGGAUCAAAUGACUAACUGGAAUCGGAUUAGAUCGGAGGCUUUGGGGAAGAGUAUAGUUCCGGAGGCAUUCCUAAUGGUUGUGAGUGAUUGUGGUCCCGAAUGGGUGCCGCCUGACCCCAGGGGUGUUACGCGCCUGAUGGAAUUUAUGGUUAAAAGAGACCUGAAAUCGCCUCUGACGUUAAAUGCACUACAGGCUUUGACUGCACUGGGGCCUCUCCUCCCCCACGACAUCACAAACCUAAUGCGUAUGGUGCUCAAGCCGGUCCAAUAUACGUUAUGGGAGAUGGACUGGAUGACCGAAUUGAGGGGACUUGCUGGGGCGGUGGAAGUCGACCCAAACCACCCCCUGCAUGGGACCAGUAUCCAGAAACUUUCAGGGAAGGCCAUGGGAAUGGCUUUGUCCCAGGGCCGGUUAGCGAAACUAAGGCCGGGGGAGCUAAUAGUGGCCACAGACGCAAUGGUGGAGGCGUUUAAAAAACUUGCGCAUAAGGUCGAACCACCUGCUCCGUGGACAGAUAUUACCCAGGGCCCGAAUGAAUCCUUUCAAAGCUUUACAGACAGGCUUUUAGCUGCUGUAGAGGAGUCUGAUCUCCCGAAACCGGCCCAAGGGCCAGUGAUCAUUGAUUGUCUGAGACAGAAAUCACAUGACAAUGUUAAGGCAUUGCUACGAGCCAUCCCGAGUACGCUUAAUACCCCGGGGGAAAUUAUCCAGUAUGUCUUAGAUAAGCUCAAGGUGGCUCCUUUAACUAAUGAAGGGCUGGCCGCGGCUAUAGUCGCAGCUGUUGGCCUACCACAGCAAAGAUCGCUGCAGCAACAAGGGCCGUGUUUCCGAUGCGGCCAGUAUGGCCAUGUUAGAGCGCAAUGCUCCUCUGGGAAAGGCCAGUCAGGACCUCCUGAUCUGUGGAGAUCGGGCUUGGCAAGGUAUCCCGAAGAACCCCCUCGGUGGCUCGUGUUACUUGGGGAAGCUAACGAUGCUUGCUCCAAGUCAUAUGGGCUGGCUUAAUAUAUCUUGUAGUUCACAUCUUCAUAGGCGUCGCCACGACGUGAGUCUGGGACCUGAAUGUAACGAUGAAGUUAACUUGUGGAGUGUCACAGCACGUAUCUUCGCUUCAAUUUUAGCGCCAGGAGUCUCGGCAGCGGCAGCUUUGAGCCAGAUAGAAAGAUUGGUGUGUUGGUCUGCAAAACAGGCCAAUAUGACCACGCUUGUGUUAAAUGCUAUGCUUGAAGAUUUUAAUAGUGUCCGUCAUGCGCUGCUACAGAAUACAGCAGCUAUUGACUUCUUGCUGUUGGCUCAAGGACAUGGAUGUGAGGAUGUUGAUGGAAUGUGCUGCUUUAACCUCAGUGAUCACAGCGCGUCGAUUCAUAAACAACUACAAUGGAUGCAAGAACAUACGCAGAAGAAAGAAGAGAGUGAUCCCUUUGGGAGUUGGCUGGAUGGACUGUUUGGGGGAAUGGGUUCAUGGAUAAAGCAAUUGCUUAAGAUUCUCGCAAUAGGGCUUGCAAUUUUUGUAUGUAUUCUGAUUUGCUUUCCAUGCUUUGUAGGAUGCUUGCAGAACUACCUGCAACGAAUGAUGGAAAUGACUUUUGACCAACGGAUAGAGUAUCAGACUGCGUGAAAAGUUGUAGAAGGUUGCAGGUUGCGUUCGUGCUGUAACGGGGCAAGGCUUGGCCGAGCAUGGGGAGUCGGGUUGUGAUGGGAAAGGACUCCUUUUUGCUCUGAUGUUUGCUUAAGGAGCGCGGUAGAAGUGGAAUAGAAAUAGUUUGCUGAAAUGUAUUUAAGAUUAGGUGCUUUGCGUUGCUUUGCGAUGUACGGGUUAGGCGCGCGUGAGGGGCAUUUAACUUAGGGAGGGGGAGAUGUUGUAGUAGGCAUGUUGGCGGGGAUACGUGCUGUAUGGGAUAGACCUCUCCCUAAGCAUGGUGAAAGGGUGCUGUUGUGCUAAGACGGACUGUCCUUGCUAAUGAAGUAAGCAAGAUAAGAAGAAGGCAAAGGAAUGAGGAAACGAUAGGAGCCAAUAAGGAAUUGUGGUAAGGGGCUAAGAUCCAGUACGGACGAAUCAGGACAGGACACGAUUGCUCAAGUAAGGUAUAUAAGCUGUGUAUAUUAGUGAAUAAACGCCAUUUUGCUACAUCCCCAUAUUGGUGUCCCUGUUGCUAUGGUCCUAGCGAGCUCUGAUCGCUAGCCCAUGACGGUGCGGCUUAGGACCACGGUGGUUGCCGGCGGUAACACCUGAGUGACAUGAACGUUGAACUUGGCUGGGAGAGUAGGAUCAAAUAUACCUAAUGCCUGGGCUUGUUUAACUGCCAGUUUUGCCUGCUGGAAAGCCUCAUGUUCUAUUCUCCCACUGUCACAUAGUUGCUCCUUGUUCCUGAAUUUGUAUAAUGGUCUCAGCAGCUUCACUAAAUGAAGUAUAAAGAAUGCCAGUAUCCCAAUAUACCUAAGAACUCCUGCAGCUGCUUUGGUGUUGUAGGGACUGGGAAUGCCUGAACCUUAUCUAUUACAGAAUUGGGUAGUUCUUUGGUCUUUCCUGAUCAAACUACCCUUAGGAAUUUCUCAGACAGGCCCAGACCAUGCACUUUCUGAGGAUUUAUAGCCCUUUCUCUUUCCUACAGAUAAUUAGUUAAUGAAUCUGCCGUCUGUCCUACUGCCUCCAGUGAAUAAAAUGUCAACAGGAGAUCAUCAAUAUAAUGAUACAAGCUAACAUUAUUAGGUUUUUCUCAAUUUACCAGGUCAUGUGCCACUAGAUUAUGGCAAUAUGUUGGUGAAUAUAUGUACCCCUGUGGCAGGACCUGAAAGGUCCAUUGCCUGCCUCCCCACAUAAACGCAAACUGAUCCUGCGAUUCUUCAGCAACUGGAAUACUCAAGAAUGCAUUUGCCAAGUCUAGGACACAAUGGUAGGCUUUUAUUUCCCUACUCAAUGUGUUCAUUAGGGUGGCAACAUUGGGUACGGCUGCAUGAACAGGUGGCAUGACCUUAUUUAAUUCUCUAUGUUAUACCGUCAUUCUCCAUGUACCAUCUGACUUUCGCACGGGCCAUAUGGGGGAAUUAUAUGGGCUAUGUGCAGGUCUUAUGAUCCCAACUUUUUCUAAUUGCUGCACAGUCCUUGAUAUUCCAUCUUGCCCCCCCUGGGAGUCUGCACUGCCUCACAUUAGUAAUCCGGUGCAGUUCUGGCAAGCGAAUAGGCUCAUGCUUCGCAUGGACUCACAAUACUGCCUGUACUGCCCAGACAGUAAUACACCUCUGUUGGAGUCUGAACUCUCCUACGGUUGUCUGGAGAGCCAGACCCCAUAAAAUGUCUAUGCCCAAGAUUUACUCUGGAACUGGGGCGACACUUUACACUUCCAGGGCGGGAGACGCCCAAUCCCCAGUUUGAACCACGUUUGGGUAACUGGAAUGGUCUGUCCCCCAAAACCAUCACUCUAUCCCAUUAAAUUUAGUUGGAUCCCCAUAAAUAACUGGUGUUUCUGUGCCUGUGUCAGCCAAUGCCAUAACCCUUUGUAUGUUCCUUUUGUAUGUUCCUUUUGUAUGUUCCCUUUGUACGGAAGCCCUAGUUACAGGGUGGCUGGUAUCCCCCAUCACGAAAGUAACUGCGCAAUUGCCAAUUCUUUUUUCUCAGAUAGCUCAGCCAUAGUGGCUGGGUCACUUGAGGUGGCUUUUUCCUUUUGCUGGGAACUAUGAAAUAUUCCAAGUUCCAUGUUUUUGUUUGGUAUUUUGACAGUACUUCUUACCCCAGGUUUUUUGGGGUGAUUUUGAAAUUUUUGGUUGUCCUUCAAAUGCCUCCAUAGCUGGAGGACUUGAUUGGGCUGGCAAUCAAUUUUUGCACAUUGAACACCAGCUCGGAUUAAGUAAUUAAACAUUUGUUUUUGGGAUACCCAUAUGGGUCCUGAUUGAGGAGUCCAUGGGGAAGGUCUCCCAGUUUUAGUUAUGGGGGAGGACCUCAGCCCCUUCCAACAUUCUGAUAUUGCGCCUGGUCCGAAGGUGCUCUGUCUCCCCUACAUCAGCCACCAAUUUGGCAGCCUGUGGGAUGAUGGCCUCCGAGGCCACUAAGGGAUUCAGUAUGGACACCAGUGUGCCAUACCGGAGGGGAGGAGCUUGUUAUAAUAUGUGUUCCCUCAUCCCCGCCAAAAACGUAACCAAGUCUGUACUCUCAAAGGCAUCAUCAUAUAUUGCCUUCUUCAUUCCCAAUUCUAAAAUAUAAUUUUGAAGUUCCUCCAUGGAUGUCCAUAGACCAGUAUUUAUCAGAACAUCACUUUUGUUUGGCCAUGUGAUUUUACACACUCCCAUUAUUCACUGAGUUAGAGAUGGGUUUUCAUCAUUAUGCAUCACAGUGGCAUAUACCCUUUGUCUGAGAGCCAGAUGUGUGGUAAUGGAUGCCAGUUUAGAAAUCUCAGGCCCAUUUAUUACCGCACUUUCAGCCCCCGUGUCCCAUAAUCUCAACAGCCAAGCCGGUGUGAGAAACUUUCAGAGUCAAAAAUUUCUGGUUAGUCAAAGAUCUUAGUGAUAGCAGCAAAGUUCAUUCAUUAUUGCAAUAAUGGGCCCAUGCCCCCUAUUGGCAAGGGAGAAAUUGCGUACUGGCCAGUGAAAUUCAUUCUGUUAUAUACCCUAAACCUGAUGCAGGUAAUGCUCUCCUGGCACUCGCUCAUUGGUUGAGCGUCUCAGGAUCACAGUCUCCCUGAUGCUGUUGCUAUGAUACAUUUCCAUACAAGGUCUGUUACCACUCUGUUGUUUUUUGGUAUUGUCAUGGUUUUGUAACUUUGCUAUUGGUAUUCCACAUCAUAACAUCAUGGACAAAAGAGAAGAACUACG